AUGACUGAAUUGAGUACAUUUAAAGACCAACUGCCAGAUGGUGUCAGUUGCCUCGUGGUGGUGAUCAUGUGUCACGGUAAACUAGGACACAUCUCUCUGUCUGAUGGGAAGGAGAUACAGCUGGAGGAAAUCUACCAGAUGUUUAACAACAGCCAGUGUAAAGUCCUCCGCAAGAAACCCAAGCUCUUCAUUGUACAAGCCUGUGGGGGAGUGGAGCUGAAAACUAUAAAGAUUGAUGAAGCUGGAGGUUCUACCCAACCUUCGAAGACGGAGUUGCUUCCCACUGAGUCUGAUGCCAUGGUUGUAAACGCUGUGUGUCCAGACAAGCUAGUGAUUAGACACAAGGACCUUGGAUGCUGCCCAAUGUUUACGGGGAUUUCAAAAGUGUUUGAGAACUGUGAGACUCCUCCCCUCCACAUGUACGAGCUCUUCACCCAGAUGAACAGAAGUCUGGACGAAAACAUUCCAGAUUUAGCUGAAAACAAAACUGAUGAAAGUGAACAACUGGAACAGGGUAAAAUAGGGAACUCUCUUUAUAUCGUGAGUUCUCUGACCAAAAAGUGGUACUUAAAAUAAAUGUGUUGUGUAAUGGCCUCAGUUACAUUAUAGCUAAAUAUAAGACUUUAAUGUGUAUGUUAUUUUCAAUGUGUUGCCACAUUUAAUAAUAUAAAUGCCAAGUAACAAACAGCAUGCUUAGUAACCAUGUCCCCAACUGCCCUCGUGUUCUAGUGCAUACGUACAAGUAACAAACAGCAUGCUUAGUAACCAUNCAUGCUUAGUAACCAUGUCCCCAACUGCCCUCAUGUUCUAGUGCAUACGUACAAGUAACAAUAUGAAUGAACUUAUUCAUCACAGGUUGUAUUCAUUCCUCUGAUUCUGUUGCAAAACGUUUCUUAAACAGAAGUAAACGGAACGAAACAGGGAAGGUCCUACCUGAAUUUGUCCACUAGAUGAAUGAACACUACCCAGGACUGUCCACUGUUAGUAUCAUCAUAAAAGGCGUGCUCAGUGAAAAUUACUUGGUCGUAAUGUUUAAGGGGAUUUUUCAAGGAAUCAGGAUCUUAUGACAAUGUCUUUCAAAUUAAUAUUCUGUUUAUAAUAUACUGUAGUUCUUAGAUCAGGAUACAUUCAUAAUUCACAUUUCUACUUAUUUACUUAGAUAAAACAAACAAAAAGGCUUUAAUUUGUUCAGCCUUCGUUCACAAUUUAAUUUAUUAUUAAUCUUGUGUAUGUUACUUUUCACUUAAUCAAGUAAUCUACAUUAAUCUGAUCUCACUACAGGAUUUUAGUAGAGUGUACAUUGAUUCAAUAUAUAAUAGGGGUCAUUUGACAGUGAAUGAUAUUGUAUGUAUUCAACCAAAAAUUGCAAUAAAUUGUUUAAAUGCA